AGGCGAAGAGGGUCGACUUUGCAAUUGAACCUUGCAAGCUGUGGAGCCUGCCUUGUCCUGCAUUUCCCAUAUAGCUUUCUCUGCUAGCAACCUUGACUGUGCUCUCCACCACUAUCACACACCAUGGACCUCAACAGCGCUUCAGCAAACUCGACCAUGAGCGACACCCCGGGGCAGGUCCCCAACGAUGGAACCGGCAUCAUUCAGAUGGAUGGCUACCUCGAGCCGUUCAAGGACGCUCUCAAGAGCCGCUUCUCCAAGGCUCAGAAAUGGAUCAAGACCAUUGAAGAGACCGAGGGCGGCAUGGAGAAAUUCUCGCGGGGCUACGAAAAGUUCGGCUUCAACGUCCAGUCCAACGGUGACGUCGUAUAUCGCGAGUGGGCCCCGAAUGCUCUGCGCGCCUACCUCAUUGGUGACUUCAACAACUGGGACCGCGAUGCGACGCCCAUGACCAAGAAUGACUUUGGUGUCUUCGAGGUCACUGUGCCUGGCAAGGACGGACAGCCCAGCAUCCCCCACGACUCCAAGAUCAAGGUGUCCUUUGUCGUCCCCAACGAUCAUGCUCGUCAGGAGCGCCUUCCUGCCUGGAUCACCCGCGUGACCCAAGACCUCAGCGUCUCCCCCGUAUACGAUGCCCGCUUCUGGAACCCUCCCCAGAAGUAUGUAUGGAAGAAUGAGAGACCACCAAAGCCUCAGAGUGCGCGUAUCUACGAGGCCCACGUUGGUAUCUCAUCGCCUGAGCCCAAGGUGGCCACCUACAAGGAGUUUACGCAAAACACCCUACCCCGCAUCAAGCACUUGGGAUACAACACUAUACAAUUGAUGGCGGUCAUGGAGCAUGCCUACUACGCCAGUUUCGGAUACCAAAUCAACAGCUUCUUUGCGGCGAGUAGUCGCUAUGGCUUCCCAGAUGAUCUGAAGGAGCUCAUUGAUACUGCGCAUGGCAUGGGUAUCACUGUGUUGCUCGACAUGGUACACAGUCACGCAUCCAAGAACGUGCUCGACGGUCUGAACAUGUUCGAUGGAAGCGAUCACUUGUACUUCCACGAGGGCGCCAAGGGACGACAUGAGCUGUGGGACAGCAGACUGUUCAACUACGGUCACCACGAGGUUCUGCGCUUCCUGCUCAGCAACUUGCGUUUCUGGAUGGAGGAGUACCACUUUGAUGGUUUCCGAUUCGACGGUGUCACCAGCAUGCUGUACACUCACCACGGUAUUGGAACGGGUUUCUCUGGUGGUUACCACGAGUACUUUGGCGACUCUGUAGAUGAGGAGGCCGUUGUAUAUCUCAUGAUCGCCAACGAGCUGCUGCACACACUCUACCCAUCUUCCAUCACAAUUGCGGAAGACGUAUCGGGUAUGCCCGGUCUUUGUGUGGCACUCUCACUUGGUGGAAUAGGAUUCGACUACAGAUUAGCCAUGGCUGUACCUGAUCUUUACAUCAAGUGGUUGAAGGAGAAACAGGAUAUUGACUGGGACAUGGGUGCUCUCGUUCACACCCUGACCAACAGACGGCACGGCGAGAAGACCAUUGCGUACGCUGAGAGCCACGACCAAGCGCUUGUUGGUGACAAGACACUGCUCUUCUGGCUUUGCGACGCACAAAUGUACACAAACAUGUCCGUUCUGUCGGAGCUGACGCCCGUGAUUGACCGGGGUAUGUCUCUGCAUAAGAUGAUCCGAUUGAUCACACACGGUCUUGGUGGUGAGGGCUACCUCAACUUUGAGGGCAACGAGUUUGGUCACCCAGAAUGGCUCGACUUUCCUCGAGAGGGCAACAACAACAGCUUCCACUACGCCCGUCGCCAGUUCAACCUCCCAGACGACGAGCUUCUCCGCUACAGGUUCCUUAACGAGUUCGACAGCAAGAUGCAAUGGACAGAGGAGAAGUACGGAUGGCUGCACUCGCCCCAGGCCUACGUCAGUCUCAAACACGAAGGUGAUAAGGUCGUUGUGUUUGAGCGCGCCGGGCUCUUGUGGAUCUUCAAUUUCCACCCUCAGAGCAGCUUCACCGAUUACCGCGUUGGUGUAGAGCAGGAGGGUACUUACCGUAUCGUCCUCAGCACAGACAGCAAGGCUUUUGGAGGUCAUGGUAACGUCGAUGAGACGACAAGAUUCUUUACCACGCCGUUUGCGUGGAACGAGAGGAAGAACUUCUUGCAGGUCUACAUUCCCUGCAGGACCGCCAUCGUCCUUGCUCUGGAGAGCACCUUGUAG